GGCUCCGGCACUCUCCGCCAUGGGGGCCGUGACCGACGAUGAAGUUAUCCGCAAGCGGCUGCUGAUCGAUGGCGACGGAGCUGGCGACGACAGGCGGAUCAAUUUGUUGGUGAAGAGUUUCAUUAAGUGGUGUAAUUCCGGAUCUCAAGAGGAAGGUUAUAGCCAGUACCAACGAAUGCUGAGUACUUUAUCACAGUGUGAAUUUUCGAUGGGAAAAACUCUUCUGGUGUAUGACAUGAACCUGAGAGAAAUGGAAAAUUAUGAAAAAAUCUAUAAGGAUAUAGAAAAUAGUAUAGCUGCAGCCCAUGAGAAGAUUUCUGAAUGCAAAAAACAAAUCCUGCAAGCAAAAAGGAUUCGAAAAAAUCGCCAGGAAUAUGAUGCGUUGGCCAAAGUCAUACAGCAUCAUCCAGACAGACAUGAAACAUUGAAGCAGCUGGAAGCUUUGGGAAAAGAACUGCAAAAUCUUUCUCACAUUAAAGAAAAUGUUGAAGAUAAGUUGGAGCUGAGAAGAAAACAGUUCCAUGUUCUCCUGAGCACUAUCCAUGAACUUCAGCAAACCCUGGAGAAUGAUGAAAAACUUUCAGAAGCUGAAGAAUCCCAAGAAACUCAGAUGGAAGCAGAGGCCAAGCAGUAGAUGUAAUAUGAAGACUGACAAUACUACUGAAGAAAGUCCAAGUAUCUUCAUGUUCUAUUGAAAGCAACAGUAAGGGAGGUGGAGCUGAAAAUAGUUUUCUAGUGCUUCUGUGAAUUUUUAUACAAAAAUACUUGUUAUGCUUAUGCUUCAGGGGAAAACAGUUGCAGAUCUGUGCAGACAGGGACUUUAUGUUAAUUCACAAACUUUGUAAUUUGUGAAAUUGUGGUUUAUAAAAGAUGAAGCUUCUACACAGUGCUUGUGAACUAAGGUGUUUGCUAAACAUUGUCAAUAAAAGGUGUUUUCACAGAUUUUCC